AUGUCACACAAUUCUUCUGGUCCGCCACUAACCCCAUUGGCUGCUCUUAAUCGCUUGCCGGGUUGGUUGGGCACUCUGGUUAUCAGUCCGGAUGGUUCCGUUCUACAAUCAGCCGGAGACUUGGUCAGUAAUCAUGGGGCCGCUCAACGUUUCGCCGCGAUGGCCAAUCGAAUCGGUCGUUUGAUGAAUCUAGAAAGUCAUAGACAAACUACAGAAUUUAAACGUCUCACGAUCCACUUUGACCAUUGCUGCUACAUUAUGACCUGUGUUGGGGACACCAUCUACGUGGUAAAACGACUUCCGGACGAGACUGAUCUAACCCUGAAGUCCGGCAUUCCUUCUUCAGAUGGUGUACCGCAAUAA